GACACUCCGCACUGAUCGCCAACACUUCCUCUCUGCAAACUGUGACGCUCGAAGCCUGUGCAGCAGCUCGGUUUGGGCACGUAUACAGGAUCUGCUGGCUGGCUUCCUGUGUAUUGACAAUGUUUGGUUUAAAAUGACAUCUUCUCUCCUGUGAGACUCACGCAACCUUUGAAGAAUUCGCCCAAACAACCGUGCGACUACCAUGGCCGACGAUGGACCACGAAGCAUGUCCAUUGUUCCCUACUCUUCAAAUCGGGACGUGGUAUUGCGCCACAAUGACUCGGUAGUUGUUCUCGAUCGCGAUUCGCAACAGCUCGUCCUCCGCAAUGCGAAUGCGAAUGCUAGUAAUGGCGACCUCGACCUUGACCUCGACCUGACUGACUGCCCAUACUGCCACCGACCUAUGCGAAACCGCGAAAAUGGGUCGGAAACCCACCAAGGUACAAGCCCUUCGCAGCCGAAUUUCGUGAACCCAGAGUACUUCCGUCUUCUGCACGACAGUGCGCCUGGGUCGACGUCUACUUCGCCUCCGCCCUCGCCACAUCGGCGUUUCCCUCCACCGGCUCUAACAGAUGGAUCGGUUCCAGAGCAUCCAUAUGGACGGUUGCCGUCUUCCCCACAAGGAAUAUCGUCGGCUGCCUUUAGUCAAGGCUAUUUCAAGAAGUUUUUCAUCGAGGAAAGGGAACUGGGACGUGGAGGAAAGGGCGUUGUGCUGUUGGUUAAACACAUGCUUGAUGGGGUUUCGCUGGGUCAUUUCGCGUGUAAGCGCGUGCCCGUUGGAGACGAUCAUGAAUGGCUUGAAAAGGUUCUGAUAGAGGUGCAACUGUUGCAACACCUGUCUCACCAGAAUCUCGUCUCGUACAGACAUGUCUGGUUGGAAAACGCGCAAAUCAGCACGUUCAGCCCCAGUGUUCCUUGUGCAUUCAUUUUACAACAAUAUUGCAACGCUGGAGAUCUGCAUAGAUAUGUAUUCGGAGGCGUCCAAGCCUCUUCAACCCCACAGCAGCUGAAGGAUCGUCUUCGAAGAAGGUCCAAAGGCCAACGUGAUACAUCAAUGGAUCAAGCUGGUCCUCGGAAACUCCACUUCGAGGAAAUCUACUCUUUUUUCAAAGACAUCACAUCGGGUAUUCGUUUCCUCCAUGCAAAUGGAUACAUUCACCGCGAUCUCAAGCCAAGUAACUGCCUUCUACAUGACUCUGGUCAUGAGGUGAGGGUAUUGGUCAGUGACUUUGGAGAAGUUCAGUACGAGCAGUCUGUACGUAACUCAACGGGUACCACUGGCACAGUAUCUUACUGUGCCCCCGAAGUGCUGCAACAAGAGUAUCCCGAUGGCCCGUUUGGCAACUUCACAUUCAAAUCCGAUGUUUUCUCAAUGGGAAUGAUUCUUCAUUUCCUGUGCUUUGCGCAACUUCCCUAUCGCAGUGCAGAUAUUAUCGAAGAAAAGGAAGACAUCGAUGAACUUCGAGCAGAGAUCACUCAAUGGGGUGGAUUUGACGAAUCUCUCAAGAAACUCCGACCUGAUUUCCCCGACAAGUUAUACUUGAUUUUAGAACGGUUACUCUCAGUGAAUCCAGAUCGUAGGCCAACUGCAGAUGAGGUCUUAAUAAGCAUACAAGCAGGAGUCACUAGCAACGAAAGCCGUCGAUACACUCAACCUGGCUCGAAUGGCCCGGAAUUCCCUUCCAUGACCCGAAUCAAGCCCGUUGAAUCUCCAGCUCCCAACAGCCCACGACCACCUCGAUCGCCUUCAAAAUCUAUGUCACGUGGUGCGGGAAACCUUCAUUCUGUCUCCCCAGUUAGGUAUGAAACACGAAGCGUCACUGCUUCCCGAGAUCUACCAUCAGAUAGCGACUUGGACCGAAGUACUCCAGCAAUUCGUCCAGAACAAGACCUGAUUCUCCGUCCUCGUUACCAGAACGUUUCGGGUAGAUCUACACAGUAUUCAGACGAUAACCGAGAUAAUCAGCAAUAUAAUCACCCCAUAAUACACCAUCAUCACCCGCCACAACUACUACCCCCGCCAGCACCAUUGGCUUCCUUUUUUAGUGGCAAUUCAUACAUCUUCUUCGUGCCCGUGGGCUCCUGGGGUCAUUUCCCAAUCCCGAAUGUUCGAUUCACAUUAUUCAUCAUCAAGCAGAUCAUAACUCUGCAAAUCUGUGUGCCUCUAGCUGUCAAUCCGUGGGUACACUAUCCAUUGGUUGUCUUUGCUGUCUUAGCCUUGCCGAUUCAAAGUAUCAAGACACAGGCACUGUCAUUUAUAAUCCAUCUCAUAGUCGUGGUACUGAGUGCUCAGAUGGGCGCCAUAUGCAUAUGGAAUUCAUUCAAUCCGGUGUAUUGAUUACGGAUUGAGGAAUUGACUACCUUACGACACUAUCUCGAUCACUCAAUCCACUCUAUAAUCAUUUCCAUAUGAAUGAUUGUUGGUAACUUUGAAAGGUAUCUACAUGUUUUAUUUGCAUUACUUAGUUGCAUUGGCAACAACCUGUACUAUUUGAAUUUAUUCCCUUGAUGAUGCGAACGAUUUGACACGAAUAUAUGCAUAUACUGAAAUA